AUGUCUACUGAAAAAGAUACCACUCUAAAAACUACAAAGGAAAGCACUACUGCGCCUUCAGUUUCGCCCUCUGCUCGUGCCCAACAGAUUGCCCAGCAACUGCGUACACAAAUUACCCGCCAGGGCAAACUUGAGGACGAGCUCAACGCCCUGGAACAUGCAAUUUUCGCCCGCGAAAGUGUCUAUUUGGCUCUCACUGGGUCAGUUGUUCGUGGAUUUAAUGAGGAGAAAGACAGGGAGAAGGACAGAGACAAGGACAAGGACAACAGAAUAUUCUCACUUUCUUCUGCUACAUACGUGCAUCAGAUCAAGAACAAAAGCAACGAUAACAACGGUAACAGUGUAAGUGACAACUGA